GCUAUCUUACCGUGCAACUCUCCACCUCUGCUCCAGUCACACCCAUAACUUGAUAUCUGUUUACCCGAGAGGGAGCGGGUUUUGAGAAGAGAUCAUAAAUACCCUGGCCCAAUGCCCCGGUAGCCAUAACAAGUGAAAAGAACAUACUCGCCUGAAGAUAACGUUUGGGGUAUUUAAAUGUGUGGGUUAAAUUUUUAUCCACUCUAAUAACUGGAUAUUUUUUUUUCUUCACUCUACUUCCUACUUCUUUGCUUUGCCCUGAAGCUGCAGACACAAGGAACUUUGACGGCAUAAUUCCCCAGAGCCUACUGACGGAUAGCCUUGUAAGGACUGCUUCCUUCCACAGUACUUGGGUGGCUGUUCUUUCUCCGAAAUGGCAGGUGUGAGUGGCUGUUUAAAAUAUUCCAUGUUUUUCUUCAACUUCUUGUUCUGGAUAUGUGGAACGUUGAUCCUGGCACUAGCAGUGUGGAUGAGAGUGAGCAAGGAUGGCAAAGAGAUCAUCACUUCUGGAGAUGCUAGUCCAAACCCCUUGGUUGCUGUGAACAUCUUGAUUGCGGUGGGGGCCAUCAUUAUGGUUCUGGGCUUCCUAGGAUGCUGUGGCGCUGUGAAAGAAAGCCGGUGCAUGCUUCUCUUGUUUUUCAUCGGCUUGCUUCUGAUUCUGCUUUUGCAAGUGGCAGCAGGUAUCCUGGGGGCUACUUUGAAAGCUAAGUCUAGCCACUUUCUGAAUGAAACUCUCAGUGAAAAUGCAAAACUUUUGGCUCAAGUGACAGACGAGGCAAAAGAGUUCCAGAAGGCCAUGGUUUCGUUUCAAGAAAAGUUUCAAUGCUGUGGCUUAGUCGAAGGAGCUGAAGAUUGGGGAAAUAAUUUUGAAGAGGCUCGAGAGUCAUGUAAAUGUCCAGAUACAAGAUCUCAGUGUAUAUAUUAUCAGGGAUAUAAAGUUACUUCACAGACCUGUUCUUCUUCAGUAAAAGAUCUGAUUGAAAAGAAUAUUAUUAGAGUCAUUGGACUUGCUUUUGGACUGGCAUUUAUUGAGAUUCUUGGUUUGGUGUUUUCUAUGGUGCUGUACUGCCAGAUUGGGGGAAAAUGAAUCCACAGACUUACCAAGUUAUCAUAAACACGGUUUAAGUUUUUUGCUUUGGCUUUGUAACUUUAAAUAAGUGAGUACUGUAAAUACCACUAAGAGAUAUCAUAUUGUAAUGUCUUGCCUACGUAGACUACAGAAUCCUCACACGUGUUCAGCAUAUUUAAAUGUGAGGGGCAGAAGAAAAAUGAAUGUGUAUUUUUUUUUCUCAAAAUAAAAACAGUGUAUAUGUUGGUGUU